AUGGAGGCCCCCUUCCCUCCCCUGGGCCGCGGGUCGCCCCGUUUUCACCUGGCUCCCUUCGAGGCCGGCCGGCUGGCUGUGCCUGGAGCUCCUCCGGACGAGGAGCGCGGCCCCGGAGGACCCGGACCCCCACCCCGGAGGACCCCCCCGGAGGACCCCCCCGGAGGACCCCGCUCGGGGACCCCCACCCCGGAGGACCCCCCCCGAGGACCCCGCUCGGGGACCCCCACCACGGAGGACCACCCCCGGAGGACCCCCCCGGAGGACCCCGCUCGGGGACCCCCACCCCGGAGGACCCCCCCCGGAGGACCCCGCUCGGGGACCCCCACCACGGAGGACCACCCCCGGAGGACCCCGCUCGGGGACCCCCACCCCGGAGGACCCCCCCCGGAGGACCCCCCCGGAGGACCCCGCUCGGGGACCCCCACCCCGGAGGACCCCCCCGAGGACCCCGCUCGGGGACCCCCACCACGGAGGACCCCCCCGGAGGACCCCGCUCGGGGACCCCCACCCCGGAGGACCACCCCGGAGGACCCCCCCGGAGGACCCCGCUCGGGGACCCCCACCCCCGAGGACCCCCCCCCCGGGGGGACCGCGAAGGCCGGGCUCGCCCGCUCCCGGUCCUCCGCCCUCCCCCAUCCGACCGCAGCCCUCUGA